GGCGAAGCUAAGACGGCUCGGAUUUCAAAUGGCACAUGAAUAAAGCUUAUCAAUGGAAACAGCCAAUUAGCAAUGGGGUUUGAACUGUAGGCGUGUCCUGCGGUGCUAACUAACCAAUCAUCGAUGGCGAUUCUAGCGUCCAUGCGCAGCUGAACGAUACUCAUCGAGGAAGUUGAUAUUAUAUAUCCUCUCUUCCUGGGACUUCUAGGCUUCAGAGGAGAAUAUCGAACAUACAGGCUUAUCGCCGAGGAUAUUUCUGUUCUGUCUAGCGAUCUAGUGGUCUUCCCUUGUCAAAAUGCCUCGCAAAAAGGCCGUCAUUAUCGGCAUCAAUUAUUUCGGGACUGACAACCAGCUGAAAGGCUGCAUCAACGAUGCCUUCAACGUGCGCGAGUACCUCAUCCAGGAACGUGGCUUCUCCCCUCAUCCUAACGACAUGGUCAUGUUGACGGAUGAGCCAAAGAAUUUGGGAACGCCUUUCUACCCCACUGGCGCGAAUCUGAUGGCCGCAUUUGGGUGGCUCGUGUCUUGUAAUAAUGCGGGGGACUCAUUGUGGUUAUCUUAUUCCGGGCAUGGCAGUCAGGUCAGGGAUCCCGAUGGAGACAGGGAGUCUGGUCUUGAUGAUACUAUUUGUCCGGUCGAUUUCAAGCAAAACGGACAGAUCUCAAGUGAUACUCUCCACAAAGCCUUGGUCUCCCUAGUUAGUCCUUACUGUCGCCUAACCAUUCUUUUCGACUGCUGCCACUCCGGCUCAGCCGUCGAGCUCCCCUACGUCUUUCGUCCCGAAGCCGAUGGUCAGGUCAACAUGGUCAAUAAUGUGAAGCAGGGCAUGAAUCUCCUCAUGGCAACUUCGGACUUGCUCCGUGGAGGUUUCUCUGUGGACAAGAUGAACGACGCCAAAGUGCUGCUAGGCGGCGCCAAAUCCUUCUUUCACAACCUACACCAUCCCCAGACCGCUGAUGAGAGCGGCCUGGCUGAUGAGAACUUUGUCGAAGACUGGAGAAACGAAGGUAAGGAUGUGUGGAUGUUUAGCGGCUGUGCAGAUAGUCAAACAUCCGCCGAUACGAGCAUGGCAGGAGCAGCGACGGGUGCCAUGUCGUGGGCUUUCAUCAACACGAUGAAGAAUAAUCCUCGGCAAAGCUAUAUCCAGGUUCUACAAAGCACUCGAACUCAAUUGGUCCAGAAGUACUCGCAGAUUCCCCAGCUAUCCGUUGGGGGGAAAUAUGAUUUGAAUCAACCAGUUUCGUUUUAAGGCAUCGAGCUAUUGGGAAUAUCAAGGCAAUGGCUUGCAGCUGUAUUCUAUCCAUGUCGGACGCGAUCGCUGGGAUAGUUCUGACAAAGAGCUAAAUU